UCCAACACGUUGGUAUCUGUACCGAGCAACUUUAAGCACCGGCAUAAAACCUCCACGUAUCAGGACGCGAUUUGCCCGCGGGUGAGGUUAAACGGGUGGGGGGUGGAGCGCUACCCACCUGGCGCUAGAACCCAAAAGGAAGUCGGAACAGUACCAUUUUUUGGCGUUCUGCCGUUGAACAUUCCCGCUUCCAUUGCACCGCCAUCAGCUACCUGCGCUAGCCGAAUAAGUGUGGACCGCAAUGUCUUCAGGAUUCGUCAGUGGCGGCAAGGCUGGUGAGGAAGUCGAACGCGAUGAUGAGUGGAAAAAGGCCCAGCAAGAGAUUGAGGAUGCGAGACGCGCCAAAGCCGACCUAGCGAAGCAGCAAGACGGGAAAAGUCUUUUCGAGGUCUUACAAGCCAACAAAGACAAGAAGCAAGCUGAGUUUGAAGAAAAAGCGCGGUACAAGCUGCAUGUUGCUCUGGACGACGAAGAAGCCGACCACCUGGAUUCGGUCUUGCAAAAGAAGCGCCAGGAAGAAGCCAAUGUAAAGAAAGAAACCUUUGAACAAUUAGAUUUGUUCCGCAGACAGCGCGAAGAAGCCGAGAGGAGGGCUCGGGGUCUCGAAGAAGAGAGCACAGAAACACCUCAAGAGGAGGAUGCCGGCCAAUGGGCGGCAGUUGGACGAAAGAGGAAGAAGGGUACUGAAGCUGGUCUCCUAAAGGGCGUAAAGCUUAGGAAAUCGAGCUCCAUGCCUGAAGAGAAGAGCAGCACCAACGAAGUAAAGGCUACGAAGCAGUCUACGCCAGAUGUCAAAACGAACACACCUUCUACUACGGGCGGCAGUAACGGCGUAAAGAGUCCCGCGACAUCAUCCGUGAACGCGACAAAGCCACCAGCAGGGCCACCUUCCUCCAAGCUCGGAAACACGCUUUCGCUCGGGUUAGGCUAUGCAUCUUCGGAUGAUGAAGACUGAGUCUCUAUCGAAGGCUGGAUGUCGUUCUCGAAACGAGCGUAGCCCACCUCAACCAGAAUGUUUUUCUGGAAGGAAUCUUGCAAUUCCUGCGCGACACGAAAACAGUUGCGAUUAUGCAGGUACUGGCGUACGAAAACUGAGAAGCUUCAUCUUUGCCAAUCCCAACAUGUUGAAACAUGAAAAACUACUUGUAAUGCGUCUGUGUCAGCGCUUGGCACCCUUACGGCAUGCAACUAUAUGUUUACCAGCACGACAUCC